CCCCACCCCGCUCCGCAAGCGCAGCGUCACGUGACCGCUGGCCCCGGCCCCCAGGGCCUGGUUGCUUGUUCCGCGCUCCGGCGGCUGUUCUCGCUCCGCGCGGGCGGGCGGCAGAGGUGGAGAUGGCAGCCGCCCUGCAGCGCGUCGAACGGCUGUCCAGUCGGGUGAUUCGCGUCCUGGGCUGUAACCCGGGCCCCAUGACCUUGCAGGGCACCAACACCUACCUGGUGGGGACCGGCCCCAGGAGAAUCCUCAUUGACACUGGAGAACCAGCAAUUCCAGAAUAUAUCAUCUGUUUAAAGCAGGCUCUGACAGAAUUUAACACAGCAAUCCAGGAAAUCAUAGUGACCCACUGGCACCGUGAUCAUACCGGAGGCAUAGGAGAUAUUUGUAAAAACAUCAAUAAUGGUCUUUCUCUGAACCUUUUGCCAUCCUACUCAUCCUACACUACAUACUGCAUUAAAAAACUCCCACGGAAUCCCGAGAGAAAAGAAACUGUAGGAGAUGGAGAGCAACAGUAUGUUUAUGUGAAAGAUGGAGAUGUGAUUAAGACUGAAGGCGCCACGCUAAGAGUUAUAUACACACCUGGCCACACUGAUGAUCAUAUGGCCCUACUUUUAGAAGAAGAAAAUGCUCUCUUUUCUGGAGAUUGCAUCCUAGGGGAAGGAACAACCAUAUUUGAAGACCUCUAUGAUUAUAUGAGCUCCCUAAAAGAGUUAUUAAAAAUCAAAGCUAAAGUUAUAUAUCCAGGACAUGGCCCAGUAAUCCAUAAUGCCGAAGCUAAAAUUCUACAAUACAUUUCUCACAGAAAUAUCCGAGAACAGCAAAUUCUUACAUUAUUUCAUGAGAACUUUGAAAAGUCAUUCACAGCAAUGGAUCUUGUAAAAGUUAUUUACAAGGAUACUCCUGAGCAUUUACAUAAAAUGGCCGAACAUAACACCUUGCUUCAUUUGAAAAAAUUAGAAAAGGAAGGAAAAAUAUUUAGCAACAUGGAUCCUGAGAAGAAAUGGAAAGCUCAUCUUUAGUUUCAGCUUAAAGAAAGAUGUUGUUGUUUUGUUUUUCGAGAAUGGUAUGUUUUGUUAACUAUUAAUUAUUUACAGAGAAUAUAGCGUGUGGAACAUUGAAAAUAAUCCUAGAUAUACUUUAAAAUAACAUCAUACUUAUUCUAAAGUAUGUAAAUUACAUUUUACACCUAUAAUAUUAGCUAUUUGUCUCACCUAGGUGUUAUAACAUUUUACCAAAAAUUCCAAAUCCAACAGUUUAUCCAUUUUCAAUACAUAAAAUAAGUUUCUUAUAAAAUAAUAAAAUUUAUGUCAUUUAAACUGGAUAUUAUUCUUAGAGGUUAUUUACCUAUUACCAGUGGUCAGUAAUACUGUUUUUUCUAGCUGCUUCAAUUAACAGCACAUUUCAGUGUAAUCCUUCCUUUUCUGCAACCUUUGUCUAUAUCUGUAGAUUACAGGCUUGUUUUCAUGUUUCUAACAAUUAUAUCAUGAUUAUAUAUCAGUUCUAUACUUCUGUAUCAUGUAUAUUUUCUCAUAGUGGCAUCCCACAAAUGAUUCAUGUAAAUCAACUUCUGG